AUGUCUGGAAAUAAUAUCGAAGGAGUACGCAGUUCAGAACUGUUCUUGGGAAUCAGUCUUCCCGAAGCGGAGGAGCUGGAUGACCAGGAGUUUGAUAUUCCUCAGGUGGAGACUGCUCCUACCCUGGAGAGCAUCUUAAAUGAGGACUCUCUCCUAGAGGCUGAGAACAGCUCCUUCCAGCCUGAGGACUUUACCAUCUCCAUGCUGGAGACCGAGGAGCUGGAGGACAGCGGUGGGGAGCAGCAGCAGCCUCUGCAAGAGGAGGAUGAGGAGGAGGAGAUGGUGGUGGAGGACCAGGAGGUGCAGGAGGUGACAGAUGCAUCUAUUCCAACACUCCAAUGGAUCAAAGACCCUCCUCUGCCAGUGGUUGAACAAGAUGCAGUUUUGGAUUGUGUAACCCUCAAAGGCAUUUCGGCGCAAAUCCUCUCUGCUGUGGGCCGAGUUGAAGGCGGAGGUCCAACUGCAAUGGCUGUCUGCGGCAUCAUUGCUGUGGGAACAUCAACUGGACAGUUGCUUAUUUUUGACCCCAGCCAGGUGCUGAAGCUGUGUUUGGGGAGCCUCACCUUAGGGGCACAGUAUGGACCCAUAUCUGCACUUGGGUUGAACAGUGACGGCACCUGCAUCCUCUGCGGAUUCUUGAGAGGACAGAUUCUUCAGUGGGAUGUGGAAUCGGGAAAACUGCUCCGUACCAUUGCCAAUGUCAUUCCAGUGGGCAACAGUGUCGUCACUGUCAAGUUUACAGAUGACCCAACAGUGGCUGUGUGCAACGACAGCGCAGGCUCUGUGUUUGAGCUUCACUUAAAGAGAUCUCUGGGAGUGAAGACGUGGGACUCGCGCUGUCUCUUCAACAGCGAAAAGGGCCAGGUGCGCUGUGUGGAGCCCCUGCACCUCCGGGAAGAACUCUCUGGACACCCUGUGGCACAGCUCCUUCUGCUGGCCAUGGUUUCACUGCGAAAGCUUCUGAUCGUCUGUCAGAAACCUGAGCCUAGGGUAAUCCACGCUUCGCCUCUAAAGGCUCACGGUGCCUGUGUGCCCAGCCUCUCCUGGCACUUCCUGCGGUUUGGCGGCUCCACUGACCCUGUUCUGGCAUGCUGCCAGGGCUCCUCCAUGUGCCUCUACCACGUCAAAUUUGCAAACGAAAUGCUCACAGUGAUCAAACUGAAAGAAUUCAAUUUCCAUUUUGAAAUUGUUGACUGCAAGUGGCUAAGGUCCAGCACCCUGCUUCUGGUGGACAAUGGAGAACGGCUGCAUGCGGUGGACAGGCAGUCUGGGGAGGAUCUACAGCAGAUGGAGAUGGAGAAUAUGCAGCUAGUCACCUUUGCCCACUCAUCAAGUGAUAAGGCCACAGGAGGUGACAGCACUGCAGUGCCGGUGGAUUAUAAGAGGGUUGCUUACCAGUCAGUCUGUGCUUACGGUGGGCAGGUUACUUUUCUGGGGACCAAGUCUGUGCGAGUGGUGUCUUUGAAGACAUGGGAAGAGAGGCUGGACUGCUUUGUGAGGGAGGAACGGUAUGAGGAGGCUCUGGCACUUGCGUGGAAAUUCUCAGAGGGCAGCGCCAGGGCAGCUGUGGGUCUUCCUGGGAACAAGGAAAUGAAGAAAGCAAUGGUGGAUAAUAAGGUGGUGGAGCUGUUGUUGGCCUAUAUAGACCUGUCACUGAGGAGGUGUCCAGAGCAAGGCAAACUGCAGGUUAUGGAGGAGCACUUUCAGAAAACAAUUCCUCUUUGUGUGACGUGCUGUAUUAAGUUCAACAAAAUGGAGGUGCUGUUCACUGAUGUGUAUGAGAAGUUGAUUCACCAUGCAGUGGCACUCUGGGUGCUGUUUGAGUGUCUGCAGCCCCACAUCUCUGCCAGCCGGCUGACCAGCAUCCCCCCACCAGUCAUGAAGGACAUGGUGGGUCAUUAUGAGGACCAGGGCAUGACGGAGCUCCUUGAUGAUCUUAUACCCCACCUCGAUGUCAUGACCCUUGACUUUCACCAGGUUGUCAGUUUAUCCAGACAGCACAAGCUGUGUGAUGCUCUGAUCUUUGUGUUUAACAAAGGAAUGAACGAUUAUGUCACUCCCAUUGAGGAAAUGGUAGGCGGCAUGGCCAGUGCUUCUCCUGGAGUGAAACCAGAUAAACAAGUGAUGGUCGGAAACAAAAUGCUCGUCUACAUAAGCUGCUGCUUGACUGGUCAAGCGUACCCUUUUGGUGUCCUCCCUGACAACAUGGUGCAAACUGUGAAAACACAGGUGUUUACUUGCCUGACAAGUGUACAGGCAAAGGACAUUGAGGGGAGCAAAGGACCUUAUCCAUUCAUCCGCACCCUGCUCCAGUACAACACCAGAGAGUUCCUCAACGUGCUUGCUUUGGCAUUUGAAGAUGUGGACCAGGACCAGCAAGCAAUUGAAUUUCGCCAAAGAAUAAUAGACAUCCUGCUACAGGUAAUGCUCGAGAGCACAGACUUCAGUCCCUCCCAGAUCGGUAGUCUCUUCACCUUCCUGGCCCGCCAGCUGGCCAAGGCUGAAGACACCCUGUUUGUCAACCAGCAGCUCUUUCACCAGGCGCUCGACUUUUUGUGUAACCCAGAGGACACAACGCAACAUGCAGAGAGGCAGCAGGCCUUGCUGGAGCUGUUGCAGGCUGGCGGGGCUGCAUACUUUGAGGAGACCAAGCUGCUCUCCAUGGCAGAGGCUGUGCAGUUCUAUCAGGUGUGUGAGUUUGUGUAUAAGCAGAGGCGCUUAUAUCACAAGUUUGUGACAUGUUACCUGAAGAAUCCCACAAAAAAGGAUCAAGCUCUUGAAUAUCUGGACAUCAUUAUCACUUCCUCUGAUCUCACAGCGGAAGAAAGGUUUUUGUUCCAAAACGAAGUAUUCUGUAAUCUACAGGAACUUUUGGCACUUGGAGCACGCCAGACUGCUGGCCUCAUUCUGCAUCAUUUCCAAGACAGCAUCCCCCUUGUCUUGGAAACCCUCCAGCAGAAUACCAAACUGCUUUUUGAAUUUCUUCAUGGAGUAUUCAAUCCUAGAGUGGAGCCCUGGCCUUUCAGAGAAGCAAGUUGCCUCAGCCAUGACUGUCAUGAGCGCUACUUGGAGCUGCUCUGCCAAAACCACCCAUCCUUGGCACUGAACUUCCUCAAGCUGUCAGACAUGUACAGGCUUGAAGAGGCAGUAGAGAUAACACAAAGAUGCCAGGUGCACGAAGCACUGGCCUACCUCCUGGAGAGCCAGGGAAACACGCAGGGGGCUUUUUCUGUGCUUAUGGAGAGCCUCAAGUUGAGUCUACAGACCGCCUUGCUUCCCAGCAACGCUGCGGAAACUGAAGGGAUCCCCUGUGAGGGGCAUGACCUGCUGCAGACUGUCCACUCCCUGCUCCUGGAAAUCAUUGCCUUCUGCCAGCGAGUGUCAGGUACACUGGAUUCCAGGCAGAGGGAGGACUUGUGGUUUCCCCUUAUGGAUUUCCUGAUGUCUCCAUCAGCGCAUUUACAGGGCUCGCUUUCAGAUGAAGUAGAGAGAGGCAUCAAAGAUUUUGCCAAGGAGGUUUUGGAAAGAAUGACCACCUACAUCCCUCUGAUGGAUAUCCUGCAAAGACUCAUGCAGGAUCCUGUUUACAGUGUCGGGAAAUAUGGAGACAUAAAGACCCUCAUCUCUGGGAUACUUGAUGCCUACAUUUAUGAAAAGACGCUGCUAGAGACCACCAGCAGCCUGCUGAGCCAGGACCUCCACUGGUCCCUGUGCAGCCUGAGAGCUACAGUGACCCGCGGCCUGGCCCCCAUCCACAAGCGCUGCGGGGUUUGUACGCAGCAGUACGGUCGGGCAGCAGGGAUGGGGGCCAGGGUGGUCCUCUUCAGCUGUGGGCACAUCUACCACUAUACCUGCCUGCACAGCAGCCUGAGCCAGCAGGAGGGGCAGGUGGAGCAGUGGGCCUGCUACAAGUGCCAAGCCCCCAACAAGAACUGGACACCCAUCACCCCUAAGCAAGCUGCUCAAGACCCUCAGUGUUUGGAACUGGGUCAAGGGCAAAUAGCUGCAUCCGAUUGCCUAAUAAGAGCCUUCAAGAAUCCGUCACGGAUCUCAAUCCUGAUGGACGUCACCAGACAGCCAUCCAGUGUGGACUCAAGUAAUCUGGGAACUGACAUCUUCAAGCACAGUGGAAUCUUAGAGUCUGCAGAGUUUAAGCUAAACCUGGCCCCGCCACCUUUAAUAGACUAGGCUUGCAUCUAACCCCAGUAUAAUAUAGGCUGCAUAUGCAAUCAAAAAUGUGUCACUUAAGUUGCACCGACACCUUGAAAUAUUCAAUGUUUUAUAACCAGGGCCGCACAUUUUGGGCUACACAGCAAUAAAUGUAUGAGGGCUUAAAUCUUACAGGUUGAGCGGCUUAUUUUGAAGAAAUGAACUAACAUUCAAAAGAGAGGGAGUGUUGCUAGCUAGUCAGUAAUUGGUUAAUUCACAAAGUUAAGUAUACUGAGGUGAUACUAAAAAUGGGGUGGGUAGUGACUGGAUGAGAGCAGGAAGGAGCUGAGGUGAACUUUGUAUUACAAGUGAUGCUUUUUGUACUUAGUAACCUCUGUUCAUGCACAUUCAGAAUGUACAAAUCAGCUACUUUAAUUAGAAGCACUGUAAUAAUUUAAAAAUAUUUUUUAUAGUAAAUAUGUCUGUAUGAAUUAAUACAACUAACCAUAGUGAUGUUUUCUAUUAUUUCUUAAACA